UUUUAUUUGUUUUUCUUUUUCCUCCGCUGCCUUCCAUUUUCCUUCUCUGCUCCGCUCUCGGCCUCUCCUCGCGGCGGGCCGGCGACGGCAGGGCGAACGGCCGCCCUUGGCCAGUUCUUCGUCGGGGGCUUCGCCGGCAACGAGCAUACGACAGCUGGAGAUGAGCGCAUCUUGGAAAUCCAGUCAUGUUACCACCAAGGACGGUGCAGAAACGGCGAGGGACAUCAUCUCCACGUCCAGCCAAAUCCAGUCCAUGAAGGUCCCGGACGCUGUUGCUGCGAUCGCUCAGGCUGCUGCAAAGGCAAAUGGUGAGACUGAAAAAUAUCUUCCAGGCUGGCCAUUGUUCUCACCUCCGAAGGUGCAGCUGGACAAGUGUACCAAGUGUUCGAGAGAAUUUUGUUCUUCAAUCAACUUUCGGCGGCAUACACGUGUUCACCGCCGAACCCUCAAAGUAGACAAGGAUUUUCCCAAGAAUAGAGACCAUCUUGCCGCAUUCUGGAACAAACUGACUGUGGAUGAGGCCAGCACAGUUUUGUCUUUGUCCAAUGUUGUUGUGGAGGGUGUUUCCGGUUCAUCAAUUUUGACGACACUAUCAUCAUGGAUGUGUAAGCCAGGGUACGCUUCAUUGCCAAUGGCAUAUGCAAGAGCUGGCAGUGAGCUUCUGGAUUUGAUUCAAACAAAGAUUUCAAUGCAGUUGCCUGUGUCAUCGAAUGAACUAUUUAGUGUUCUCGAUGAAGCAAGUGAGAAAACAUUUCUUUGCACAAACACAGCUGCUUGUAUACAAAAGUUUUUGUUUGAUGGAGAGGCAAACAAAAUUGCAACUGAGUUGAAAAAUGUUGUUGCAUGCGCUAGUUACAUGCUCGAACAAAAGCUGGUUGAAGCAUGGUGUGCUGAUAAGGCUGCUGAAGCAUUAAGAUGCCAGAAGUUGCUGGUGGAGGAAGAGGAAGCUGCUCAGAAAAGGCAAGCCGAACUGAUGGAAAGGAAGCGGAUGAAGAAACUUAGGCAGAAAGAACAGAGGUUAAAAGACCUCAAGGAUGAGAAUGUGGUGAUUCAGUUACCUGAAAUCAUGGAUGACACAACAUGUUCUCCUGGCAUUCAAAGUUUCAAGGCUAUUUCAGAUCCUGACCUUAAUGAGCAAGAGAAGUCGCAAUAUAUUCAAUUUCCAGCACCAGUUACUUCAGAAACUGGCAAUGGUUUUAAUGUGGACCUAUCGGUAGAAGAUGUCAGCUGUGAUUCAGCGCCUGAAAUGGAUAAAGGUGUUGUGUUAAGGAAACAGGUUAUUUCAAGGCAUCAUUUAGGCAGAACAGAGAAACUUGCUGAAAAUAGCUUUGUGUCUGGUUCCGCAGUUGUUUCAAAGCAAGCAGCUUUAGCGAGACCUUCAAAUUACAGGGAUGCAAAUGUCUGUUCCUCACCAAAUAGAAACAAAACUUGGGCACGAAAAGUGCCAGCUGAGAUUGGAAAUCAGUGUCCAAAACAUGGGUUAGAUGUAGAUGAUGAACACAACAUGGCUCUUAGCAAAAACUCUCGUGUGCUAAUAGGAUCUAUAUGUGUUGCAAUUGAAGAUGGUAAUGAACACUUGAAGGACUCCCGUUCCAAGAAUGACCCAGUCCCUCCCUGUUCCAAAAUUGUGAAACAUGCAUCAGUUGUGCUGCAACCGGUUACCCAUAAGGAAAAUAGAAAUGAAGGCAUUUCUAAUAGUGAUGGCAAUAGUGCGCCAGCUGACGAGAACCCGUCUUGCUUCAGUAGUAUGACAGAUGAAAGCAGUCAUUCAACCUGCUGCAGUGCAGAUUUCGCAGAGGGUGAACAUUUACGACGAACCAUGUUUUCCAGUAAAGAAGCUACAUCCUUCCUUUCUCAAAGGUGGAAAGAAGCAAUUGCAGCUGAUCACGUGAAACUUGUUUUGUGUCAUGACAACUAUGCUACCAUACAAGGGCCUAAGCGUAUAGCAGCAGCCGGCAGCCGCUCCGUGCCGAACAGGGCCAGAGUAGCGCGCACACGCAGCCACGCAGGCACGCACACAGCGGCAGAUCGUCCUCCCCCAGAUGGCACAGCGUGCCAGUUGACCGGUUUUGCUGCCAAGCAAGGCCGGGGCAGCAAGGCAACCCCUCGCCAUUGCAGAGUUGCAGUUGCAGAGCGGGAGGGAGCGAAGAUGAUGACGUCGUGGCUGUUGGGCCGCCGGGGCCCCUCGGGCUUCUCCUGGAGCUCCACCGCCGACCAGGUCACCGAGGGCAUCUCCGCCGCCGGCCUCACCGCCGUCGUCACCGGGGCGUCCAGCGGCAUCGGCGCCGAGACGGCGCGGACGCUGGCGCUGCGCGGGGCGCACGUCGUUAUGGCUGUCAGGGGCGUCCCCGCCGCGCAGGCCGUCAGGGACCGCGUCCUCGCCGAGGCGCCCGGGGCCAGGCUCGACGUCAUGGAGCUCGACCUCUCGUCCAUGGCCUCCGUCCGCGCCUUCGCCUCCCAGUUCGUCGCCAGGGGGCUCCCCCUCAACAUCCUCAUCAACAAUGCAGGAGUAAUGGCAACACCUUUUGAGCUUUCAAAGGAUGGAAUUGAGAUGCAGUUUGCAACUAACCAUGUUGGCCAUUUUCUGUUGACACAACUUCUGUUGGAUACCAUGAAGAAGACCUCUCGUGAAUCAAAUGUGGAAGGAAGAAUUGUCAAUGUUUCAUCAGAGGGGCACCGAUUUGCAUACCGGGAAGGCAUCCGUUUUGAUAAGAUUAAUGAUGAAUCAGUGUAUAGCACCAUUGGAGCAUAUGGGCAGUCAAAGCUUGCAAACAUCUUGCACGCUAAUGAACUCGCCAGGCAAUUCAAGGAAGAGAAUGUCAACAUAACUGCAAAUUCUCUUCAUCCUGGCUCCAUCAUCACGAACCUUCUUCGGUACCACAGUAUCAUAGAUGCUUUCAGUCGGACACUUGGGAAAUUGGUGCUGAAAAAUGCUCAACAGGGUGCGGCAACCACAUGCUAUGUGGCACUCCACCCGCAAGUGAAGGGCGUGUCCGGGAAGUACUUCUGCGACAGUAACCUGUACGAACCGAGCGACAAAGCCAAGGACAUGGGGCUUGCCAAGAGGCUCUGGGAUUUCAGCGUUGAGCUUACCACCUAGGUAGCUGAUACAUCACAACCGGUUUCGCCUAGCUUGCUUGUUGUCGGACAUGGACUCAUGUAACGGUUGGUGAAUCCCACAACUAUGCAUCAUUUACCGUGGUGGAUGCAAUGUAAAUUCCUCGACGCUGGUGGAUCAGCAACAUGUACUCUGUUGUAUUGUAUCACUCACUCAACAUUUGGCCGGUCGCCUUUCAAGGGUUCGAGAUGCGGUACUAGCAGAAUAUCCUAUGGUAUUUUGACAUUUUGAUACGAGAUUCCUAGAA